CCUAUUAUUUAGCUACUAGUGCAAAAAUAUGUGUAACGUUUUAAUUCAGUUUGCUUUAUUGGCAUAAUUGAGUCCAAUCAAGUUGGCUAUUUAUCAAAUUUAAGUAAAUUGCCUGUCGGUAAAUUAAUUGCUCGUAAGCGAAUUAAUCAGCGAAUCGAUUAAGAACACAUCAAUUUUACUAACUUUAUUAUGUGUGCGUAUAAAAUAUGUAUGUAUGUAUGUACCAUAGUACACUUACGUCCGAUAAGAUCUUGCAUUUUUUCUAACUUUGUUAGAAAAAAUAAAAUAACACGUCACGGGAACUUGAGACUUUAUGGGAACUAUUGUAAGUAGGUGUAUAAUGUAGAUAGAAAGAUAAAGCUCAUUAAAAUAGGUACAACCUUCAUCGACGUUAUUCCAGCAGAUUCUCUUUAUAUUCAUAAUUAUAUAGUUGGAUAUAUUUCCAUACCUAAAACGUCAAGGAUUACAAGAACCUCGGUUCUCCAUGGCUUGCAAAAGUACCUUAUCAUCUCCUGUGCACUAUCAACGAACAUUCAGUUUAAUAUUGUAGGUUCAUUCGACAUGUUCAAAAGAAAAAUGAUUUUAAUAUUUGUACUUUUAUCUGCGGCACUACUCCAGCAUCAGGUAAAUGCACAAGGACUUCAGGGGAACAACGGGUAUUCGAUACAAAUUAAAUAUUGCCAUCAAUCAUGUCGAGGUUUCGGCUGCCAGUGCUAUGCAUCUUCUCGUUGUGACAACUUUCGCCGUACAUCUGGGCAGGACUCACACCUCCUCAUUUUGUCGGAUCAAUCCCGUUUUUGCAGAGAGCUCGGAUAUUGCGAUUACGCAGGUAGUUGCAGUCCAAAGGUUGAUAGUGAUGGUGGACAAAUGAUGAGACGAGACCCAAAUAUGGAAGCAAUGAACAAUUGUAACAAAAAUACAAACAUUGAUUGUAUUCCAAUGGUCCCCUCGCCGAACAACAAUAAUAACAUGAGGAAGAUCCCAUGCAAUCGAAAUCCAUACUGUCAACAAGGUCAGUGUCUUCCGGACGGAAACUGUUCCAGGUUUAAAACCUUCCGAGACAAGGAGGACAAAUGCGAUCUUUGUGUCCGGACAAUGGGAGGAAUGUGCAACGAAGAGGGAGGAGUGUGUGUCGUCAAAAAAAGUGGAUCAAUGAUGAUGAUUUAAACAAUUUAUGGAACAAAAUGGCGAUAAUAAGUAAAAUAAUUUGUUUGCUCGCUCUAUUUGUAAUAAAAACGUACAAAAGUUGAAUUGCAUACAUCACAAAAA